GUACGUAUGUCAGACGUAUGUCAGAGGGACUAUGGUGGAGGGCUGGUAAAGAUGAUGGCAGCUCUCUGCGAAAAUGGCACAUAUGGACUCAACUGUGGCCGAAAAAGCGACAGAAUAUCAGUUUUACAUGUCAAACUGACAGAAUCAGCUUUUAAAGCGCUGGAAAACUACCAAAACUGUAAGAAUGCACCGCCAUCACAGGCGACGAUACGUUUUCAGGGUCUUCAAGGGCGAAUUAAAAUCCCGACGACAGACGUUUCCGAUGGCUCUCAUAACUUCAACUUUUAUCUGUCCAAUUUUGGCAAAGACAAUCCUCAAGGAAGCUUUGAGUGUAUCCACCAGUACAUAUCUAGCUCUGGGGUCCCACAUCUGUCCUCACUGGGAACGAUUCAAGACAAAAUCACAGUAUGUGCCACCAAUGACUCCUACCAGGUGACCAAAGAGCGCGUGACCAAAGCAGAGGAGGAUAAAAGCAAAAACAGCACCAAAUUCAUCAGACCCGGAGGACCUUUCAGAGACAAAAAAGUUCAGCACCGAAAACCUGCCCCGUCAGCCCCUGACCCGGUUCCAGAGAGGAAGCAGACUACUCCUCUCAACCCAGCCAACACCAUCCGCAAGUGCCUUACCAACAACCCCGUAUCGCAACGGCCAUACCGGGACCGUGUAAUUCACCUUCUGGCCCUGCGAUCUUACAAGAAACUAGAGCUGCUUGGCAGACUGCAAAGAGACGGCGUAAGCCAGAAAGACCGCAACUCUCUGGGCUCUACACUACAUCAGGUGGCCAAUCUAAACCCUAAGGAUAACUCGUAUUCGCUGAAGGAUUUUAUUUUCCGUGAGGUCCAGAGGGACUGGCCGGGCUACACGGAGGAUGAACGGGUUCAGGUUGACAGGAACCUGGCACGUAAAUUGGGCUUGAAUUCAGAGUCUGUAACUUCCAGCAGUCCAACCAAAGAGCCAACGUCCCCAUUGAAACGCCAACCUGAGACUGACUUCAUUGACCCUCUGAUAUCUAAGAAGCCCCGAAUCUCUCAUCUCAGUAACCGAGGACCCCCUUCCUCCUCAGGUCGUCAUUCUUCAGAGACUGAGGACAAAAAAUCCGCACCCACGGCUGCCUGCCCAGGGCCCUCUUUUCACCCUCCCCCUGUCACGGGCUCCAGUUCAAAUUCCCCCAGUACGCCGGAGGGCCGGGGGUCUCAGGACCUUCCCCUGGACCAGAGCUCUAUAUGCGGGAACUCCUCGGAGAGCUACGCCCCCCGCAGCCACACGCCCAGCCCACCCAGCCAGCCAGUUUCCACAACGUCCCCCUCGUCCUUCUCCACCUGUACCGUCUCGACAACCACCAUUACCUCUACCACUACCACCAGCAGCGGCCACCGCGUUUCUUCUGCCGCGUCUCCUACAGCCAGCCGUGAUGUCAGUGGCAGCAAAAAGCCCAAGAAGUCCAAGAAGCACAAAGAUAAAGAGAGGAAGCGAGAAGGAGAGCGGGAGAAGGAGAAGGAUAAGGAUAAGGACCGAAAGAGGGAUAGAGAGCAUCACAAGGAGGAUCACUGCGAUAAGGAAGCACAGCCCAGGAAGAAACACCGGAAUGAGGCAGAACAAAAACACAUUCCUGCCAACAUCAGCCAUGAAUCGGACAGAGAAGCUGGCAAAGACAAGUCUGUCAACAGCACUGAACUUCCAGUCCCAACAAAGCCUGAUUACAUAGCUAAAUACACAGCGGUGAUAUCUAUGGAUCAGAGGCAGCACUAUAAGGAUGACUUCAAUGCAGAAUAUGAUGAGUAUCGUAUCCUUCAUGCCCGCGUUGAGGGCGUUACUCGUCGUUUUACAAAACUGGAUGCUCGGUGUCGACGACUGGCACCGGGAACUAAAGAGUACCAGGAAGUACAUGAACAGGUGCUGCAAGAAUAUAAAAAAAUUAAGCAACACAGCCCAAACUAUUAUGAAGAAAAACAGCGCUGCGAGUACCUGCACAACAAACUGGCCCACAUCAAACGGCUCAUCGCUGACUUCGACCAGCGGAGGGCGCAGUCCUGGCUGUAGGGCAGCACAGGACCAAGCAACCCCCUCGGCCAAUCAGAGCGCUCGUCAGCCGGAGGACCAUCUUUAGAGGAGUGUGGGGAUCAAACAGCUCCUUAUUUAUUCUACUUACCGAUUUCCCCACAUAUCUGGCCUUCUUUAUCAUGUUUUCUUCCUUAUACAUCCUGUCCCAUACCUUUCAUUCUUUACUUUUCUUAUUUUUGAAGGACUUUUUGAAAGACAACAAAGAAAAAAAAUUAAACUUCUUUGAAUGCAAAAAGAAAGUUCGCAAUGCAAAACCGUCUUGGGCCUUACAGCGCAUAUUUCUUGAAGCCUUUUGCACAGGGGUGAUCGAGCCAGUACAUGUGAAAAAGUGGCCAUAAAAGAGGGCGUUUCCAAGAGCCUUGAGACUUCCUUUCUCCCGAUGGCCCUGUUUUUUUUUUUUUUUUCUGAACAGCAUCAGUAUUCACACCCACAGUGCAAAUGAUGCCUUAAGGUAUUAAUACAGACAUAUCAAUGUGGCGUCAGUGAGACUUACAAGCACCCGGGGCAGGGGGGAGAAAUUAUUAUGACCUGAUCACAGGUCCAUCGCACAUUCGUGGAAGGUGUGAUCGAUGUUUGUUUGUUUGUUUGUUUUUUUGUUUGUGUUUGUGUCUGUGAGUGAGAGAAAGUGGCGAGUGAAAAUUGUCAGUGUUUUUGUUCAUUCUUGGGAAGGACUGUGGGUCAGAAACUACAGGAAGAGAGGCUCUGGGACGAGGGUCGGAUAUAAACUAUAAAAGAGGAAAAAAAAAAAACGGAAAACAAAAAUCCCCCAAAAAAAAGCUGCUAAUUUUUUUUCUUCUUCUUUGAGCAGCCAGAGCCUUCGGGAUCAAUCUGGCUCUUGUUACAUGUUCUUAAUUUGGGCCUGCUCUGUUUAAGAAAAUCAGCGAACCAUCUUGAAGGCAAAGGUGCUACUGAUUUGUGAGGAAAUGCAUCGAGCAGAGGCAGGCCUGUUUAUCCAUUUCAAAUGUAUUCAUUAAUUAUUACAAGUCUCAGAGCAGAGUUAUUUAUGAAAUAUGAAUAGAAUUAUAUAUUUUUUGUUUAAUUUUGAAUUAAAAGGAAUUGCUGGAAUUUUGAGUAUUGAAAAACUGAUCAAAUAUGCAAAAAAGUCUUUAUUUCACAAUAUCAUUAGUGAUAAACUUCUUAAAGAUUAAGGGAAACGUUAUGUUUACAAAACCUGUGUGGUAGGAAGUUUUGCCAAAAAAAGAGAAAAUGAUAAAAACGAAAACAAAAACGCUUUGGAUCCUAUAACGCGUUUCUCUGAGUGACAUGACACUUUGUUAUCUAAAAGGAGACGGUGGUCGAACACUUACAGUGUCUUGAUAUAUUUAUUUUCUUUGAUCCUUGUUUAGGGAAAAGAUCCAGAAUGCAGCUUUGUGAAUCAGCCUUGAAAAUAACAUUGCUUGCAAUUAUGCAAAUUCUCACUGGAUCAAAUAGCUUCAUGGUGGAUUCUGAUUGGCUAGUUGAUUCUUGAGGCUUGCUGCAUUGUAUUUGCACAUUUUAAGAUGUCUUUUUGAGAUCUGAAAACUAUCUCUCUCCUCUUAUGAUCACAAUUAUUCCAUUGUUAAAGGCUGGGAGGUGUUUCCUUUUGUUUUCCAGUGUUGUAAAUUGAAAUAUAUAAAAAACCUGAGUGAGCCAUUCUCAAAAUAACCAUCGACGAAUGUUCGUUUUCAGUAUUUGGGGCGGCAGAUGGCAUCUUACUUUUUUUUUUAGGGGCUUAUGUGUUAUCAAACUCCCUGAGAUGUUCUGUUUUGUGAGCUUCUGUUCAUUUAUAGACUGGACGCCGUGUCGGAUGACAACCAAAUACAAGUCGUGGUUAUUUAACGGAGAACUUUAGCAGCACUUUACUUCGCAGACGCUUAUUUCCUCAGCAUUCAAAUAGCCUCCACACUGAACCCUAAAGAUUUGGGAUGACACUAAGAAGUGUUGCUUGGAAAGGAGAAUGUGCAUCUACAUAUCAAACUCGCUAUCGUUGUAAUUCGGGUUGGGUGGGGAAGUAUUUGGUGACGUGUGACCAACACCUGUUUUCUUUCCCUUUUGAAGAGACUGUGCCUCUGACACCACUAAAGAGAGAUGUUAAUGUUGGAUAAUAAGCCAAGAAUCUCAUAACACUGUCAUCUCUUGUUUUAAAGGUGGGAUGGGGGUUGUUUCAGACUGUAAGAGAAUUCCUGACCUGUCCACCUAAAAAUGUAUUAAAUCAGUUCAAUAAAAUGUGAACUUGACAUUUA